AUGUGGGAGGGAGUGGUUUGGGGAAGAAAAGAAGAGGGAGGAAGGGAGGAGGCGGAAGAGGAGGAAGUGGAAGAGGAGGAGGCGGAAGAGGGGGAGGCGGAAGAGGGGGAGGCGGAAGAGGAGGAAGCGGAAGAGGAGGAAGCGGAAGAGGAGGAAGCGGAAGAGGAGGAAGCGGAAGAGGAGGAAGCGGAAGAGGAGGAAGCGGAAGAGGAGGAAGCGGAAGAGGAGGAAGCGGGGAGGGCAUGGAAGGAGGCAGAUGAGGGAAUGCAGGCAGACGCCGGUUGA